AUGCCGUUCAAGUACUCCGUCACCGAGCCGUCUCCCUCGACGACCUCGUACGUCCGCACCGGCCGCGGCGGCGCCGGCAACGUCCGCCCGUCCACCCACUUCAACAACAGCACCACCACCACCAGUGCCAGCAACAACACCAGCACGACCAGCAACAGCGCACGCCCCCGGCGCUUCUUCACGGGCAUCGGCGGCGCCGGCAACGUCGCCCCCGCCGGCACGGCCUCCUCCCCCCUCGACGACGCCAUCAGCCAUGCCGCCGCGCGCGACAGCGCACCCCCCCUGGGCUACUGCGGCCGCGGCGGCGCCGGCAACAGGUACUACAACGCCCCGGAGCGCUACGUCCGCAAGCCCAGCGACGCGUCGACGUCGUCCGCCGUGUCUGAGGCCUCGAGCGCGCGCAGCUCCAUGAGCUCCACGGCCAAGCUGUGGGCGCGCGUCACCCACAAGCAAUAA